CGACUCGCGUGUUGACGUCGCUGCGUUCCGGAGCGCGAGGCUACGACCCGUCUCCAUGACAGCGACGGUCGACUGUCGACUUGUUUUUCUGCAACAAAAAAAAAGCAAAAUAGAUCCAAAAAGAUCUGUAUUCCUGUCGAGAGUUCACCGUGGACCGAUGGAUUCACCGCAGGAAGAGCUGGAGCAGAUCGCCACAUGGUUGGAUGAGGAGGGAUCUGCUGCCGACUCCCCCAGGGAGGCUCAGCUGUGUUUGCUGUGGCGAGCCCUCCGGCGCACAAGGAGCCGCCUGAGCAGUGUGACGAGGGAGCAGGACACGCAGCGCUCGCGGCACUUCGCAGAGAUGGCAGAGGUCCGAAAGUCCUUGGAGCAGAUCCGCAUCUUUACGGGGCACAAAGACGCUUUGGCUCGGGAGAUACAAGACGAGAACGACCAGCUCAGGGAUCAGCUGCGGCGGCUAAUAUCCCUUCAAGACGGCCAGAUAAGCGAGGUGGCUAAAAUGCUGUACCAGCAGGGUCUCACAGACUUGAUUCACAGCAGCCCCAGUGAGCAGGUGGCGUACCUCCUGGUGGAGAGGGCCUCGCUACUCGAGACAAGUGUGGAUCCCGCAAACUGCAGCAGCAGCAGCAACAACAACUCGAUGUGUGCUGGAAACACAACCAGGUCGAUGGGGACGGAGACACAAGCUCCCAACAGCAACGCGGGACAGUCGCCCCACAGAGGGGCACUGCAUCACGGCCCUGGUUCCUGGAGGAGACUCUUUGGGCUCCACAAAGCUUCUCAUAGCAAACCUCAUUUUAUACCUGCCGAGGCCAGGCAGUUGACUGGCCAGUCGAGCAGCGUGGCGAGGAAGUGUUCCCGUCUGGAGCUGGACUUGGAGGAGGGUUCCCGCCGGCUGGCCAUGGCCCACAACGAGAUCCGACGUUUGACUGAUGAGCUGGAGUCUGCCCAGUUGACCCAAAAGGCUUAUGAGCCGGAGCUGCAGGCAGCACAGGAGGAGGUCGAAGAACUGAAGAAGUGUGAAGUGGCGGAGCUGCGAAAGGCCAAAGAGCUGAACGAUCGUCUGGACCUCGAGAUCAGAGCGUUGAGGGUCAGGGUUCGCUGCCUGGACGCUGAGAAGAGCUCUCUGCAGCAGACGGUUGUGUCUUUGCAGAAGGAGGUGGAGCGGUUCGGGUCGGCCCUGCGGGAACAACAGCAGCGGGCUGAGCAGCAGCUUCACACUGUGCAGCUUCAGGCGGACCACGCCAGUGAGCUGGCUAAAUCCCAGGAAACUGAACUGAAUCGGAGCAACCGGCUGUGCAGAGAUUUACGAAACAAGCUGGGUGCUCAGACGAGACGCCUUUUGGUCGAGUCAGAAAUAAUUACUCUUAAGCCAAAAGAGGCAGAUUUACAACAUUGUGAGAACGCUCACUCGCAACCGGGAAAAUCCUCUACAACAGAGGAUAAAGAGCCACGGCUGCACAAGGAAAUCGCAGUGGACAAGGAGUGUCCUCAUCAUCAAGACGCUGUCAGGACUCGGACAUCCACCCGAGAUGAGUGCGAGACCCUGAAGGACGAGAUCUGUGAGACACUUCAAUGCCUUGACAAAGAGCGCAGUAAAUACCAUGAGAUGAAGGAAAAACACAAGGCCAGACUGUGUUGGGCCAAACACAAAUUGGACGGUGAAACCGCGUGGCGUGACGAGAAGAUAAAAAGUCUAGAGCGGGAAUUUUCCUUGUGUUCCCAUUCAUUAGCAAAGGAGAAAGAGCUUGUCCUGAGCAUAACUGCGGAGAACGAGAAACUGCUCGCUGAGAGGACGAGGUUGUUGCAGCGGCUCAACGAGGAGGAGCACAACAAGAAAGACAGUCAUCUUACAGCUGCUGUGUCCAAGUGCAGGGCCAACUUCCUGGAGAUGGAAAACAAGAAAAUGGGAGACAAAAUAAUCCACAUUUCCAAUCAGCUUGCGGUCCUGGAACGAACUCUACAGAACACGCAGUCACUUCACUUUGCUGAGGAACUGAAGAAAAUGUAUAGUCCUCAGCAUAUUUGUACACCUCUCUCCGCACAGGCUUCAAAUGCGAUGAUGCCGAAGCCCUCUGAAACUCCGACCCCACUGGAUGACACUGAGAGGAGUCACGCCAAGCAGCCAGGCGUGGCCACUUCCCCUUACUGCUUCCUCUCCGCGGCCCUAUCAGCAGAGGUGGGUUACCCAACCUGACCUUCGAUCAGAGCUGCUCACACCAAUCAGCCUCGCCGACCGCCCCCGACAGCUUUUUUUCUCUCGGCACGACAAUCUCUCGAACUGUACCUUGUAGCAAUUCUCUCUCCAAUCUUUGUCCAUUUAAAGAGUUGAUGUCGAUUAUAUUUGUGAUAUUUUUUAAAUAAAUAAUAAAUUAUUUCUAAA